CACAGCGUCGUCGCCUCCUCGCCGGGCCUAGUGCGCCUGCGCGAGUCCGCGGAGACCUUGGAGGCGCGGCUGCCAGGGACGAGGUGCUCGGACGCGAGGUUAAAGCUGAGGCGGCCGGAAAAUGCAGAGCUGGAGCCGGGUCUGCUGCGCGCUCGCCCAGAGAAGCCAUUUUAGUCGAAUCCAUCAUGGCCUACAGGGGAUUUGUGCAGUGUCGCUGAGGAGCUAUGCUGAUCUAGCUGAUGCUGACAUCACAGUUAUUGGUUCUGGGCCUGGAGGAUAUGUUGCUGCUAUCAAAGCAGCUCAACUUGGCUUUAAGACUGUUUGUGUGGAGAAAAAUGAAACGUUGGGUGGAACCUGUUUGAAUGUUGGCUGCAUUCCUUCCAAGGCUUUGCUGAACAACUCACAUCUGUAUCAUUUGGCCCAUGGAAAGGAUUUUGCUAGUAGGGGAAUUGAAAUUACAGGAAUCCACUUGAAUUUAGAGAAGAUGAUGGAGCAGAAAAGUGGUGCGGUGAAGUCCUUGACAGGUGGAAUUGCCCAUUUGUUUAAACAGAACAAGGUCGUACAUGUGCCUGGAUUUGGAAAAAUAACUGGCAAAAACCAAGUCACAGUAUCCAAAGAAGAUGGUAGCACUCAGGUUAUCAAUACAAAGAAUAUCCUCAUAGCCACGGGUUCAGAAGUUUCGCCGUUCCCUGGAAUUACGAUUGAUGAAGACACAAUUGUAUCAUCAACUGGUGCACUAUCACUGAAACAAGUCCCUGAAAAGAUGGUUGUAAUUGGUGCAGGAGUCAUUGGUGUGGAGUUGGGUUCAGUUUGGCAGCGUCUUGGUGCAGAUGUGACAGCUGUUGAGUUCUUGGGCCAUGUUGGUGGAAUGGGUAUUGAUAUGGAGAUCUCUAAAAACUUUCAGCGCAUCCUUCAGAAACAAGGACUCAAAUUUAAACUAAAUACCAAGGUUACUGGUGCCACCAAGAGGCCAGAUGGAAAGAUUGAUGUUUCUAUUGAAGCAGCUGCUGGUGGAAAGACAGAAGUAAUCACCUGUGAUGUAUUACUUGUUUGCAUUGGUCGACGUCCUUUUACUCAGAACCUAGGGCUGGAAGAUAUUGGAAUUGAACUUGAUAACAAGGGUAGAAUCCCAGUCAAUACCAGAUUCCAAACCAAAAUUCCAAACAUCUAUGCUAUUGGCGAUGUAGUUGCUGGGCCAAUGUUGGCUCACAAAGCUGAGGAUGAAGGCAUUAUCUGCGCUGAGGGGAUAGCUGGAGGCGCAGUUCACAUUGACUAUAACUGUGUGCCGUCAGUGAUUUACACACACCCUGAAGUUGCCUGGGUUGGCAAAUCAGAGGAACAGUUGAAAGAGGAGGGGACAGAAUACAAAAUUGGAAAGUUUCCAUUUGCUGCUAACAGCAGAGCUAAGACUAAUGCUGACACAGAUGGCUUGGUGAAGAUACUUAGUCAGAAAACAACAGACAGGAUGCUGGGCGCUCACAUUCUAGGCGCAGGUGCUGGGGAGAUGGUUAAUGAAGCUGCUCUUGCUAUGGAAUAUGGAGCAUCAUGUGAAGAUGUAGCCAGAGUUUGCCAUGCCCAUCCAACUGUCUCGGAAGCCUUCAGGGAAGCAAACCUAGCAGCAUCUUUCGGCAAAGCUAUCAACUUCUAAAAUGUCUCUCUGCCUGUUUGAACACCAGCGUGAAUUUUUCCACAUAUUUCAUCUUGUUUUUGUCAAAACAGAAAACUUAGGAAAUUGACUAGCUCUACUACUUACUAAUUUGUUUGGAGGUCUGGUUCUCCCUGACCUCUCUAAAUAAAUAAAAUUCAAGCCCUCACAUCUUGUUAAUGUAUCGUUCUUCUCUCUCCAUGCCAUUCUCCCCCAACUACUCAUACAAAGGAAUAUUUUUAAAGGGUAGAGAAGUAAAAUGAGAAUACUAAGAACCACCUUUAAAGGAAUGACUGACAGCAGGUCUGUAUGCUUCAGCACUGUUCUAACAAAUGCCUGAUGUUGGCAAGAAAUUAAACACAAUGUGAGAACUUGAUACAUACAACAACAAAAAACCUUGCAGAUUACAUUGCUGUAAGUAUCCAAUUUAAGUGGGAAUAGAGAUUGGAGUAAAACUUAUUUAGCUGAACUUAUUUUUCCUGCCAAAAAUAGUUGUUUCAGUGCCAUACAAUGGAGAUCUUGAGUCAAACUCUGAUUUUCACCAACAUUAGUUAAAGUAUUAGUGAGUGAAGCAUAGUUAUGUCUUGACUACCAAAAUAUGCAGUGCAUGUAGUUACACAUUUUGGAAAGUCUUAGUAGGAGAUGGCUGCUAUAUAGCCAUGUACUUGAGAAUUUCUCAAAUAUGUAACAGUUUUAAACAAACUGAAGCCGAGGGAAAAAUUUAUGACUGGCAGUAUGUUUUAAUAGACUUCCCUAAAUUCAUGUAUGCAGUGUUGUAUGGAGCCAGGUGGUCCCACGAUAUGAGAGAUGAAGAGUUCUUUGUAAGCUCAAAAGCUUUUCUCCCCCCGAGAGAAGCUGGUCCAGUAAAAGAGAUUACCUCACCCACUUGCUAAACUCAUGCUGCAGUCAAGAAGGAUACUGGCUAACAUGGUUGAAGACCACAUUGACUGCUGCAAACAUUUUCAAAUGACUGAAGCAGGAUUUUCUUGUAUAUGUUUCUAAUACUCAUCGCUUUGUCUUUCAAUCUUUAUACCUGUACAGUGCAGGCUACCAGUGUUUGUUUGUGUGCAUUAGUCUUUAGGCAUUGUGGGCUCUGCCCUCUAUUGCAGAGAAAACCAAGAUGUGCUACAACUAGGCCUCUGUACAAAGGCAAAUGGGCAAAUUCAUUUAAAGGAUGGUGAAGCCAUUCACAUGAUUUGGUAUCUUUUUUGAUAAAGUUUUGGUCCCAGAA